UUUCGCCCAACUCCGAUCGGAUUGAUCUACGAUAUUGUCUUUCACUUCUGCUCUGGCGAAUAAGUAGAGACUGUACUCCAACCCCACCUCUCUCACAACAACUUCCGGCGCUCGCUUCUCGCAGCCACCGAUCCGCAAACCGUCACUUGAGACUCAUACUCGAGUACAAGCCCAGACCGUUCACCCCCGACGCAACACUCAAGCCACUCGACCUCUUCACAAAUCUCACACGUCUUCGAUAUGGCUUCUCAAGGCGUCGUCUCCGCACGCAGUGCUUACCGGCAACUCCUCCGCGCGACCCGCGUGGCCUUCCACAACGACCUCCGCGUCAUGGUCGCAGCCCGUCAAGAAGCCCGCCGCAACUUCGACAACCACCCGCGCCAGGGCAUCGACACCCCCAUGCAGAUCAACCACGCCAUCGAAGUGGCCAACAUCCUGCGGCACAACAUCGUGCAGGGUGUCCGGGACGACGGCGACGAGAAUGCCAAGUGGGAACUCCGGAUCCAUGACGAGAUCGAGCGCGGCGACAAUGACUCCAUCAAAAUCGCCGGGAAGAAGGUCAAGGUAGACAAGCCCUGCUCUGCCUGAGCACGAUGAUUCGAUUGUACAGGGACUACGGAUCAACGGGCUGGGGAUUCGGUGGUUGAUUGCAAAGAUAUGCAUUGCGGAUUGUAUUAUAGUAUACCCGAAGUUUUUUUUCCCUUUUUACUUCUCUCCUUUCUGGCGUCACUUUGGGGUAUUUCAUGGUUUGAUCAAUGUUGUAGAGAUAGACAAAUGCAUACACAAAACAGCGAAUAAAAGAAAGCCA